CGCGCAAACAUUUCUGAAUUAAGAUCAAAGCCGCGCGAUCAGGAGUCGUCCUCGAUAAACGAGUCCGCGUCUCUACUUACUUGGUAUGCGAUUCGAUCUGUAGGUCAAGUUUAACAUUCCGGCCGUUCCAACAACGGCCUCGGGGCGUUCGUAACGCCGCGUCGCCUACGCCUCAUCUUGCAACAGCCACGGGAUGUUUACCAGGGAAACCGUCACUUGCGAAAAAACUGUUCGUUCUCGCCCGGCAAUUCAACCGGUAGUGUUCCGAUCGAUUCAUCGUGUUUGCACCAUCGAGCCAGUUUCAACGCCGCGGACAACGCCUGCGCAAUCGAUAAAAUGGAAAAAAGUUGUACUUCCAAGAAACAUGCUGAAGUCUUACCCAACGCGAUAUCCUACACGAGAAGCCGGCACUCGAGUGAUUCGUCUGACAGUGGAUCAGGAAGCUGUUCUUCAAGAGCAGUUUAACAGAUGGCCAAGAGCGCCUCAUACCGCGGACGUUGUACUGCUCGCAGCUGAAACGGGUCUUUCCGAGGCUGACGUCGAGGGAUGGUACGCCAUCAGAUUGGCCCAAUGGCGGAAAGAGCAAGGCCUUGGCGGAAAUCUGGGAUUGCAUUAACCGUUGCCGCUGAGAGACACUUGAUGCGGUCUCGUUUCUGUACCUGAAACUCCAAUUUCCAAUUUAUACAAGCACGAACAGCAAUUGGUCGACGCAGCGAAUUAGCAACCCAAUCGCUUUUAGUUUCUCACGAAAUUGAUUACUUAGAGAAAGAGUUCGCACUUUGAUUGAGCCGUGUAGUCGAAAGCUUAAAUUUUAUUACAAGUUUUGUAAUGAACAUAAUAGAAAGUUCUUUUAUUCGAAACACAAGAUAACUAAGCAACUAGACAAACGUAAAGAUAUGUAAGUUAUUGUUUUAAAAUACACUCAACUGUUUAUGACUAUUUCUACUUAGGAAGAUUUCAAAUUCGCCACUAUUCUGAAAAUUAACCGAGUUCCAGAGGACAAUGCGAGGAGUGUGGAAGGUUUCAUGUAAUUUUGUGGGGAAAAUAUUUCGCACUGUUUGUAUCAGGGAGAAUCCAAGGUUCACCAUACCAAUGGCCAGUCUAUGUACAGAAAUGUUUUAUUCUUAAAUUAUGCACAAAUUGCAAUCAAUACAAAUGUAUCUGAAACAAGCAAGGUGGGGGAUAUCUCAGUUUUUUUGGCUGCCAUAAGAAUAUUCAGAUAAAAUGGCAGCUGUUUUGGUAGGUGUCAAUAUAUUGCAUCAACCGCCGUGUGUUUUUGCAAAAUUCAUGAGACAUGUCCGAUUAGUUGUUGUCAUAUCCGGAAGAAGAGACAACUGUUUUAAAUUGAUAACUAAUUUUUAAUAGCAUUGAUAAUCAAUUUAAAACAAUUGAUCAUAUCUAUUUUAUAGCUUAGUAUAGUAAAGCUAGUUUAUUUGUUCAGACAUCCACAUUUCGACUAAGUAGUAUUAUAGUAAUAAAGGUAUGCGCUAAGUCUGCACUUUAGCUAGAUAUCAUAAAACAUGUAUCAUUCCUUCUCUGGCACAUCAUACAUUGGUAUUACUAAGUAUACGUUUACUUUCUUUUUAAAUCAUGCGAAACAAUGCAGAAACGAACUUUAUAUCAAAUCCUAAAGUUUGAUAUAGUAUGCUUAGACUGUAGUAAAAUAAAAAAAAAAGGAGAAGAAAAGAGAGGAAAAAAGAAAAAAAAAGAGGAAAGACUAAAUUACGUGAGAAGUGUAUUCGGAAAUAAAAACCGACUCCUUGUGCA